UUUAUAAAAACCAUAUAACUUCAACGAAAGAUUACAAGAUUAAUUUAUUAUUAUGUAUUAAUUAUCAGCUUAUAAUGAACUAAUAAAAUAAAAAUUAUAUUUUAUUUUUCGAAUGGUUUUCAAAAUUACCGCGAAAUCCAAAGAAAGUACUAAAAAACACCACAUAAAUUGAACCAGUUCUCUAUCGUGAAUCUACUAUCGAUAGUUCAGUGUUGGUUAAGAUUGCAGCGCAGCUAUGGUUAUCGGUAUGAGAAGAAGGCAACUUGUGGAUUAAUAAGCGGCGACGCCGCCAGAGUUUAAAAAUAAACAAUUAAAAAUAUAAGAUAAGCGUGGAAAUGUUAGAAACCGGGGGUGAGGCCAAGAUGCUGUCCCGUUUCACCAGUGCUGAUGUAGGCCCCGAGGCGAAGGAAUAUAAUUUACUACGCGCCGAUGAGGAAUAUCGCAAUGACAAUGUAGAGCACUCGAUUUAUUACCAGGUUAAGGCCCAAUUUCAGUCAACAGAUCUUCGUUAUCUUACCGAAGCGGCGGAACUGGAAAAUCAGAGGCCGACAACGGAGGAGCUGAUCAAAUCAGCCUCUAGCCAGGAGAAAAAAGACUACAAAAAGUGGGUUAACAAGAUUGAAAUCCGACUAAAUAUAAUAUUUAUAAUAUUCAAUAUCUGCAGAAACAAAUUCCUGCAGAACAUCAUUAAAUAUCUCAAGCAGAAAGAGCUGGAUAAACCACCAGAGAAGCCAACGAAAGAAACUUUAGAGUACCUGGAUUUUCUAGAGGAUAUACAGGAUCCCGAAGCAGGUCUAACCCGCAUCUCGGACGUAUGCCAUAGCCUUCCCCAAGAAUGGUGUGUCCUGCAGCUCUGCAAAAGCUUUAAUCCCGCCACCACAUACUCUGUUUUCAACGAAAUUAUCGCCAGCAAUGGAGCCAUAUAUCUCACCUUGCUUCGGCACUGUAGAAGUCCCGAGCUUGGACCCAUUUGCCUAAGAUUUUCCGGCGAUGAACUGGCCAAUCUCUUUCGGGAGUACAGCACUUUGGUGGAGCGGUUCAGGCGAGUGGUCACCGUAGAUCCCCUAAAUAUGAAGGGCAAGGAGGCCAAACAAAAGUAUUGGGAGGAGCUGAAUGCCUUUGACACCUUUCUGCAAAAACUGCUCUCCGACUUUCGUAACAUAAUCUCUCCGUAUUGCUAUCUAUUCUUUGGCAAACGAUAUGACUGCACUGCUGUCCAGCAGCAGAUCAAAAUCAUAAAUACCCAAGUUGAUGAUUUCUGCUUGGUCAAUCAAUGGAGCAGUCACCAGCGUGUUUUGCUAUCCCAAGCGGCUUUGCAUGCCAAUCGACUGAAUGCUGCAGAUCUCAAGCUUAUAUGCUAUGAACUGACCAGAAAUGAAAACGAGAUCCAGUCGGUGUACGAUAUGCUCAAGGGAUUGGCCAACGACUGGACGCAGGUGGAGGAACGCCAGCCCCUGGCGGGCAGAAGAUUUCCCACUAUCUUGGUGGUUGAUGAGCGCCUGGACCACCUCCAUUGGGAGCAACUAGUCACCGUCCAGGAGUUCUCUCGCGUCAAAUCACUACAUUGCCUGUGGCGUUUGUACCAGAAUAACAAAUCAAGCAUAAAGCAUGGCUAUUACACUACGAAUAUAAAGCAAGGCAUGUGUAUAAUCAAUCCGGAUGCCGAUUUGGUCAACUCCGGCCGCAGGAUGCGAAGUUUUUUUGAGUACUGGCUCUCCCAGUGGCAGCAUCUCUUCCAAACUGUGCCCACAGAGGAGGUGAUGGUGAAACAGGCCCUUCAAGCGGAUUGCUUUGUCUAUGCAGGUCACGGCUCUGGGCUGCAGUACGUCAAUGGACGAGUGAUUUGUCGGGCACGGGUCCGCAGCGUAGUCUUCCUAUUUGGUUGCGAUUCCACACGUAUGCUAGGCACGGGCCUCUACAGUGCAUUGUAUGGAGCACAUGAUUACUACCACGGAGCUCUCUGUCCCUCCAUAGUAGGCACUCUGAUGCCCGCCCUAGAUGGGAAUAUGGACACAGUUUCGGUAACAAUCUUGAGCCUUUGGCUGGCUCCGGGAGAUAAAAAAGUAAUGCCCUGGACGCAUAUUGAUCGUGUGUCUUGGCUUAAAACUGGCAUUAUAAAAGGAAAGGAAGAAAAAACGCCCACCAUGGACGAUCAGCCCAACUAUCACAUUGGCAGCCUGUGCUCCAUACUUUCGCUGGUGCAGCAAGGCAAGGUGGAGCCAAAUAUCUAUAACUGCUGCAUAUACGUGUGCCGCGGUCUACCCGCAUGGAACAUGGCCGUGGAAAAGAUGCCCUUGUAGCUAAAAUGGUGUUUUGUGUCAUGGAGUUAAUCUCCCUAAUACAAUUGUUUAGCAAAAAGAAACCAUGUACAAAAAUCGGAUUUAAUUGAACUAAUUCAUUCAAGUGGAAAGUGGUGCUCGUAAGAUUGCAUUAAAAGUUAAUAAUAACACUGAGAAUCGUAGGAAAAAACCAGUACAAUAAUAUAUAUUAAAAAAGUA